AAAAGGUAAAGUCGGUCGUUUCAGGAUCGCCCAGCUAACAAUGGCUCAACAAUCGCAGCUCACCGAGACGCCGAUAAACCCUAACCCUCCGCUACCAGGAGCUCUACAACCACCGCAUCCGACGGAGGACGGCACGUACCGGUCUACAACCUCUAAGCGUCCUCGUGCGGAGGGUGCGGUCGAAGCGACUGACGAGGCGGGUACAUCUUCUGCGGUCGGGCCGCCCCUAAAAAAGCGCAUGAAGGUCUCACAAGAUAUUGUGUAUCGCAUCAUCGUCCCGUCAAAGCAUAUAGGUAAGGUAAUCGGUAAAGUGGGGCAUCGAAUCCAGAAGAUCCGAGAAGAGACCAAGGCUACAAUCAAGAUUGCCGACUCUUUUUCUAGAAAUGAAGAAAGAGUUAUCAUUAUCAGUUCAAAAGACAAUGACAGCACAUUUUGUGAUGCAGAAAAUGCUCUUCAUCAAAUUGUGACAUUAACUCUAAAGGAUGAUGAUGGAAACAUUGAAGCACUUAAAGGUGGUGCUGGACCUGUGCCAGCAAAUGCAGUAAGGUUUUUGAUUACUGGUUCUCAAGCUGGUGGUUUGAUUGGUGUGUCUGGUCAAAAUAUUGAGAAUUUGAGGAUUUCUUCUGGUGCUUUGGUUACUGUUCUCGCUCAAAAUCAGUUGCCACUUUGCGCGUCUGCCCAAGAGUCUGAUCGUGUGGUGCAAGUUUCUGGCGAUAUUCCUGCUGUCCUCAGAGCAGUAGUGGAGAUCGGUUGUCAAUUGAGGGAUAACCCACCCAAACAAGGAAUCGCUAUCACCCCAACCUAUAAUCUUGGCUUCAAUCGUCCUCUCCAUCAGUAUGUUGACCCAGCUUCAGGACAACCACUCUUGCAGCUGAAUUUCUGAAUGCAACAAUGUUGAUUCCGGAGACACUGGCGGGUGGCCUGAUCGGAAGGUGUGGCGCCAACAUUUCUAGGAUCCGUACUGAAUCUGGAGCAACAAUCAAGGUUCAUGGUGGGAAAGGAGAACAAAAUCAUAGACAAAUCCAUCUUGGUGGUAGUGCACAACAGGUUGCGCUGGCAAAGCAAAGGAUUGAUGAAUAUGUAUAUUCCCAGUUAAUGCUGCAAAGUGGAGUUCAACCACUUCAAGAAACAGUGCAGCUACAACAGUCAUUACAGUUGCAGCAGACUAUGCACCUACAACAACAGCCAAUACCCAAUCCAUCUGGUGCUCUGUUGCACGGAUAUAAUCAGGGGAAUGGACUAUUUGUGAACAGUAACCAAGCAGGUGCAGUGAUGGCCUCAUACCCUCAAGGCUACACGUCAACCGCAGCCAAUCAAGCUCCUUCCUACUAUGGCCAGUCAUAUUAUCCAGCCCCUCCCAUCUAAAUGACUGAAUGGAUAUAUAAUGAUGAAUUAUGUGGUGAUCGAACUUUUCUUGCAGCGUACUUUUUGUAUUGUAGUUAAUUGUGAUUUUUUAUUGGUAAAAUAUCUAACCGUGAUAUCCCUUGAAGCCCCUCUGCUUGUUUAAUUGCUGAGAAAUUACUCCUUUUCUAGAUUUUCAAGUGCUUAAAAACAAUCAAGUGAUUGAUGUGCUAUUAGUAUUCACUAUUCAGUAAUCCAGUUGGGUAUCUUACUUCCUCCGUUCUUUUUAGUUGCAAUAUUCCCCUUUUCA